UACAAUUACUUAACUGAUUUAUAAUUCUUUUCUAAAGGAAAGAAAAUUAGUAGACAAAACAAUAGCCCCUUUAGUAGUGGCAUUCCCUUCUAUUAGGCGUCAUUCCUAAGCAUGAAUACACGAUGUGUGUAAGCAAUCAGAUUGAAGAAAUAAAAUAAUGUUUUAUCUACUUCCAGCUGUUACUAAUUUGAAUUUACCUUUUUAUGUAAUAAAGAUUUCCUCGUUUGCCAUAAAAUGCAUGUUAAAUGAAACGGUAUUCUUUGUUCUGUGGUAUUUAACAUUAAUUUAUAUAACUGAAGCUAUGAAAACCUUUCAACAUUUAAACAUUCAUUUACAGUUCAUUUACAGUCACAUAUACAUGGAAUAAUAAUUUCUCAAUAUCAAGAUAAAAGGUGUUCCAUUAACGUGUUGUGAAGAAGUCUACAAGUAAAAUAAGGAAAAUGUUAAUAUCAUCAACUAAAAAUAUAAAAUGUUCUGUACCCUGUUUAUUUGGAACGUUAAUAGCUGCAACCAUAAUCAUUGUUUUCGCCUGUAACAUUCUUGUCCGUUGGGAUAUGAUGAUUCUGUCGAAUUCAGAGAUUUUAUUUGGUUCGGAAUUUCAACAAAGAAAUAAAUUAUUGGAAGAAACAUGCAAGAAAUAUUAUUUCGAGGAUGUAAAAUAUAUACGCCCCUUGAUUAUGUAUCACCCAUUGAAUUUGAGUUAUUGCAAAGUUCCUAAAGUAGCUUCCUCAUAUUGGAUGCGAUUUUUCAGUGCUCUGGGAGACACAACAAGCAGAAUAAAUGCUUUUGAUCGAAUUCGUUUUAAAGUACAUCGCAUGCACCUGGCGAAUGUUUCACAGACUUCGGGAUUUAAUAACAUAAAAAAUAAACUUAUUGUCACACGAAACCCUUUCACUCGCCUCUUUUCUGCAUAUGUUGAUAAAAUAUUUCUGUCUGAGAACUGGCAAAGAUAUGGACGACUUAUAAUAAAAGAUUAUAGAGACAGAGCGAGCUCAUAUUCUCUAAAAUGUGGUAACGAUGUUCAAUUCCAUGAAUUUCUCCAAUUUGUAACCGCCAAACGCAAUGAUAAUUCCAACCGACACUGGAAUCCGAUCACUGUGAUAUGCAAUCCUUGUGGUAUAAAGUAUAAUUUCAUUAUAAAGCUAGAAUCUUUUGCAAAAGAUAGAGACAAUUUCAUUCGACAAAUCGGUAUAAAAAGAGAUAAUAUUUUAAAAUAUAAUAAUCUCUCCCACAAAGACUAUACCAUUCAUGCCAUCCGAGAUCUAGCUGCGACUUCAAUUCUACAUUUUAGAAACAAGUCGCCCAAAGUUUGCUACAAGGAGAGAAUUUUAUUUUCGAAGUUAUUUUCGGCUUUCCAAAUUCAAGGUUAUAUUCAUAGAGAAGCUGUCUUCAAUGUUGAAGAUUUUUCAGAUGCGAGAAUUUCAGAUCCUGAAUCUAUUAUAUCUGUAUAUAUCAAGAUAUAUAACAAUAAUCCGUUAACAAGUCGAAAAGAAUGGGAAGAUCAACGGAAAAUGUAUUUCGUAAAAGCUUACCAAAACAUAACGUUUGAGAUUCUCAAAAAAAUUAAAAAAAUGUACUAUUUAGAUUUCAGACUUUUUGAUUACAAUCUAGAACCAGAAAGAAUUGAUAAUCUAUAAUGAAUUUAUUUAGUUGAAACAAAAAAUAUACUUUUUGAUUGACAAAUGACAAUGUUUGUACCUGUUAUAGUGCCAAAAUAGAAGGGGAUGUUUUUGGACUCUAGACAGCAAGUUCUUAAUUGACGAGUGGUUUAAUAGUUCACUCAUUAUUGGACUCAAAUCCUCCAAAAGAUAUAUCUUGAAGUACAGCUUAUCAGCUUGCUUUGAAAGAGGAUAUACUUUAGAUAAGUAAUAUAAUACGGAACCUCGGUAGUUGGAAAUGAAAUUUGUGAAUUCACACAC